UUACGUGUGUCAAUGUACCUCAGUAAAAUGGCUGUAUCUCGCUGAGCCUCGUGCUGAUCUGAUCCAUUCCUCGGCUGUAGUCUAGUUCUGUAAUAGAACCCCCCACAAAUUUGUCGGUAAAUUCAUUUCUGGGAUUUGAAAUUACGUGACCAAGUGCUCUCAACACGGAACCUGAGUGGAAGCCGGAUUCAGUCCGGUGCACGGGGUGGGAAUGAGUCAGGACACGGAUAAAUUGUGGUAAACUAUUGUAUUUACAUUCAAUGUUUAGCGUUUGAUUGUGACUGACUCGCCGAGAGGGAGAGGGGUAUCAUGGCCGCUCAGGUCGCCAGCGCUACCACUCUCAACACCAGCCCGCCCUCCGAACUGAAAAAACCGGAUCGAGACCCAAAGGAGGAGUCGGUACCGGGAGAGAAGCAGCAGGAAAAUAAGGAAGCGGGAUUAGAGAGUGGAUCUCCGGGCCGGGGGGAACUGCAGGACGGGGCCGAUGUGGGAAAUGCAGGGGGAGGAGGAGAGUCGGAGAUGAAGAACGGUAACGGGAAUCCGUCUCGGGUAAAUAAUAAUCAGAAUGAUUCCGCGGGAGCCGACGGGAAUAAUCAUCCCGGGAUGGUACACCAUCACGCAUCCGCUUUUCCGCCACCUUCAUAUGGUUACAGUCCGCACUACGGCCGGGCCCCUUUUCAUCAACAUGGCGGACAACAAAGCCCUGGCAUGGCAGCUGCAGCGGGGCCAGCCGCGCUGUCGAGCAACUUGAUGGACCCAUAUCAGCCCAACUCUCAUGAUCACAGCUUUCCCAAUCACCAGUUCAACAACUACAGCCCAUUCCCGAACCGAACCCCCUAUCCCGGUCAAGGAUACGCAAUGAACUCCCCGCGAAACACUCAAGCUCAGGCGGCAGGGGGGCAGGCAGCCAAGCAACAGACAGCGGGAGGAUCUGCUAUGGCUGCAUCAUACAAUAACCCGAGAUAUAACAUGGGAAAUCCGCAGCCCACUGCCACCCCAACUCUCAACCAACUUCUAACCUCCCCAAGCUCAACGAGGGGCUACCCAAACUACCCACCAAGCGAUUAUAACAACCAGGAAGGGGGUAAUAAGGGACCAACAGAUUUGGGCAGUAGCGGCCAGUAUGGUGGGGGCCAUCCGGGUUGGCAACAAAGGACACAUCACCCGCCACCCAUGAGCCCGGGAAGUACAGGGCAACCACUGGGUAGAAACCAGCCACCAGGCUCCAUGGAGCAGAUGAAGAUGAGGGGUCAGCCGUAUGGCGCAGGCAGCCCCUACUCCCAGCAGCCCCACCAGGGCCCCCCUCCGGGCGCCCAGCAGGGAGGACCCUACCCUGGACAGAGCUACGGCCCACCAGGGCCUCAGCGCUACACCAUGGGCAUGCAGGGACGCAUGCAGUAUGGACAGCAGAUGGCCACUUAUGGCCAACAGGGACCAGGCGGAUAUGGAGGGCAGGGCCAACAGGGACCAGGCGGUUACGGAGGACAGGGCCAACAGCCCUACUACAGCCAGCAAGGCCAGCAUCCCCACGGGGGUCAGCAGCCGUCUCCGUACCCCCAGCCCCCUCCCACGCAGCCGGGCGCUCAGGGCCCCUACCCCCAGCAGCCGCACCCUUCCCAGCCGCCCUCAGCGCAUGGCCCGGGUGGACCCCCCUACCCACAACCCCACAUGCCUCCCCACGCCCAGGGCCCCAUGGGGGGAGGGCCCUCGCAGGGACCCCCUCAGUCCCAGCCGCCGUACGCCCAGCAGACUCAGCAGGCACAACAAGCUCAGCAGGCGCAUCAGGCGCAGCAGGCGCAGCAAGCGCAGCAGGCGCAGCAAGCUCAGCAGCAGCCACCCCAGGCCAGUCAGUCCCCGUACCCGUCGCAGCAGCAGCAGCCUCCGAGCCAGCCGCAGUCACAGGCGAGCUCCCAGGCUCCGCCUGCCUCACAGACCCAGGCCAGCUACCCUCCCCAGCAGGGCCCUGUCCCGCCCUCGUCCCAGCAGACACCAGCCCAGACCUCCACGGCCUCUUCCCAGCAGGCCCCGGGCCAUGGGCAGUCUGGGCCCUACUCCCAGAAUGCUCAGCAGCAGCCUCCGCAGCAGCGGCAACCUCCACCAGAGCAGCAGCAGCAGCAACAACAACAACAGCAGCAGCAGCAGCAGCAGCAGCAGUCACCUUAUCAGCGAUUUCCCCCUCCACCUCCUCAGGAGCUCUCCCAGGAGUCCUUCAGCUCCCAGUCCAGUGCCCCGGCCUCCAACCAGCCGCUGGCCUCCAGCAAGAGCGCCUCCGAGGAUGCUGGGAUGCAGGGACGGCCGUCCAGCCUCCCCGAUCUGUCGGGGUCCAUUGACGACCUGCCCACGGGCGCAGAGAGCGCGCUCAGUCCCGGCGUGAGCACCUCGGGCGUGUCGAGCAGCCAGGGCGAGCAGAGCAACCCGGCGCAGUCGCCCUUCUCCCCCCACACCUCGCCACACCUGCCGGGCAUCCGAGGGCCCUCACCCUCCCCUGUGGGCUCGCCAG